AUGGAAUUCGAAACAUAUUACCAAGCUCAAAUGCCCGAUGCGAGCAUAUCUCCUAAUGCACAAGCCAUGGAUAUGCGCUCGAUGGCAGGCGCUUUACCUGACUUGUCUUCGCGAAACUAUCCACAACACUCGUUCCAGCAGAUGGCGAUACCGAGCGGUCACCAUCAAGCUGCGAUGUAUCAACACUAUGCGCAGGGUCCACAGUUUGCAGGUCAAGCUGGGGGCGCUUUCAAUUUGCACUCAGCUCAGCAGUACCAGCCGCAAUAUUCACAAUCCCAGCACCAACGGCAUGGCAAUUUUUCAGGCUUUGUUGGUGGACCGAAUCAACCACCGUCUUUCCUAAGCCCGGGCCUCCCCAUAUCGCAAGGAAUGGCCCAGAACGUUCAAGGUCACCAUCACAUGCAACAAUUCUUGCAUCCCCAGUCUUCGCCUCAGUAUGGAACUGGUUACAAUACCAGGGCUUAUCAGCAGCCUCUCCGAGUGGCGAGUUCGCUACCAGCUGGUUCUGGAAUGUACCAAAAUACAUCACCGAACAGUUUGUUACCUCCCAGCCUCAUUCGGCCGUUACUGACAGUUACAGCCGUCACUCGAACCAGCUCCAACUCUUCUAUGCAUGCUGCCUCGUCUUCUGUCCUUCGGGGACCGCCUCGCAAACCUAAACAGUCAGGACACGCGCUCUGGGUUGGCAAUUUACCCCCAGGUACUCACAUCCUAGACUUGAAAGACCACUUUUCACGUGACGCAACGAAAGACAUCGAAAGCGUUUUCCUCAUCUCCAAAAGUAACUGUGCUUUUGUCAAUUACAAGACCGAAGAGAGCUGCCAGGCUGCGAUGAGUCGCUUCCACGACUCGCGCUUUCAGAAUGUGCGACUAGUCUGCAGGCUCCGACGGGGCAGCAGCUCGUCAGCACCGCCCACGCCUCAAACAUCUAUGCCUCCUGAAUCAUCCUCGUCCGAAUUCGCGACAAGCGAACAAGAAACGACAGUCGAGAGCACGACGAGUGGGGCAUACUCCUCCGAGCAACCACAAGAGAAGGUCAAAGAAAAGUACUUUGUUGUCAAAAGUUUGACCAUCGAAGAUCUUGAGAGGAGUGUCCACAGCGGGGUGUGGGCGACUCAGGCACACAAUGAGGUCGCUCUGACCAAAGCUUAUGAGACAGCUGAGAAUGUUUACCUGAUAUUUUCUGCCAACAAAUCUGGCGAAUACUUUGGCUACGCGCGCAUGGAGUCAGUAAUUGGUGACGAAGAGGCAGCCGCCAAAACGGAAAUCCCGCCUCCGUCGGCGAACCCACAACCCAUCGAUUCGAGCUUGGUAGAUGUUCCCGUCAAUAUACCGACUCCAGCCACGGCAACAGCUCCCAGUGGACGUAUUAUUGAUGAUUCAUCACGCGGCACUAUUUUCUGGGAAGCUGACAGCAUCGAAGAAGAUGUUGCGAGGACUGACGGCGAAGAGCACUCCGGCAAUGUCUCAUCUGGUGAGGCGGGCUAUGAAUCAGCCGUGUCGGGUGCACCAAGCGCCAGCCCUGGCUCAGCGACGCCACAAAGUUUUGGCAAACCGUUCAAGAUUACGUGGGUCUCAACCGACAAGCUCCCGUUCUAUCGGACUCGUGGCUUGCGGAACCCGUGGAACGCAAAUCGAGAGGUGAAGAUCGCGAGAGAUGGCACGGAGAUCGAGCCGAGUGUUGGAAGGAGACUGGUUGGACUUUUUGGCCAGCCUUUUCAAGCCCCAAUGCCGCAGCAGGGCGCUGGAAGAGCAAUGCCACCACCGCCGCACAUGGGGCCUGGGAUGGGAGGAGGAUUCAUGGGUCAGGCUCAUGGGGGGAUCAUGCCACCAGGGUAUGGAAGGGGAUACUGA